CCGGGCGAAGUCCUCCAGCCCGCCCCUCUUGCCCACUCCCCACUUCCCGAGCUGGCUCGGUGUUUAGGGAGGGCAGUGAUCACGCAAGCCGGAGCGGCGCCUGACGUUGGACGAGCUGCCAGGUAUCUGAAAGCAGGCAGCCGAGCGGCGGCGACUUCCCAGCGUGUCAAGCUUGCGUCUGGACGCGAAGCCUCACGGAAUCCAAGCCCGCUGGUUUUCACCUUUGCGAAUUGCAGUCUCUUCUCCGAAGCCAGUCCUAGCCAGCAAGCAGCGGCAUGUUUGCCCUGUCGCGCCCGGAGCACUGAGACAGAGCCUUCAGAUCCGCUCGCAUUCUUUUCUUUGGGGGCUUUUUGGCUGUUGGCUACACUGAUGUGACCCCCCCCUUUUGGAAUGAUGGGGAUCUUUUUGGCAUAUGUUGGAUUUGUUUUCUUUUCUGUUUUAUACGUACAACAAGGGCUUUCUUCUCAAGCAAAAUUUACCGAGUUUCCGCGGAACGUAACAGCGACCGAGGGCCAAAAUGUGGAGAUGUCCUGCGCUUUCCAGAGCGGCUCCGCCUCGGUGUACCUGGAGAUCCAGUGGUGGUUCCUGCGGGGCCCUGAAGACCUGGAGCCCGGCGCCGAGGUGGCUGGCUCACAGGUGGAGCUCUUACCCGACAGAGACCCGGACAACGACGGGACCAAGAUCAGUACAGUGAAAGUCCAGGGCAACGACAUCUCCCACAAGCUUCAGAUUUCCAAAGUGAGGAAAAAGGAUGAAGGCCUGUAUGAAUGCAGGGUGACCGAUGCCAACUACGGCGAGCUGCAAGAACACAAGGCUCAGGCCUACCUGAAAGUCAAUGCCAACAGCCAUGCUCGCAGGAUGCAGGCGUUCGAAGCCUCGCCCAUGUGGUUGCAGGACGCAAAGCCUCGCAAGAACGUCUCGGCAGCCGCCCCUAGCAGCAUGCACAGCAAUGCCAACCAACGAACGCACUCCACCUCCAGCCCUCAAGCCGUAGCCAAAAUCCCCAAACAAAGUCCACAAUCAGCAAAGAGCAAAUCGCCUGUAAAAUCUACGGAGCGGACAGCAAAGUUGACCCUAAACUCCAAGCACCACUCCGCACCCACUGUACUCUAAUUACCUACACAAGGAGCGUCUGCUUCCGGAGGCAUAAACGAAGAGGCUAUCACACGCUUUGUUGAUAACAUUUUCUUUGGCAAAUCACUGAUCUUUUAUUUCAAGAGAAUUAGUGUGAAGUGAUAGAACAUUUUCUAAUAACAAGAUCUAUUUUUUUUCCUUUUCUUCCGGCGACUAAAAUCAUCAUCUCACUGACUGCACAGGGGUUGGCCUGAACGUCAUCUGUAUGGUAAUGUCAUCCCUAGUGACACCAUAGUGGUGUGGAUACCACCGCUUUCCUGCUAAAGGACCCACUCCCUGCAAGAAGCAAACAAUGGUCCAAAGACUACAGAACACAAACUAGCAUCAAACAAAACCCCUUUUUGUGGGCAAGUGCAAAAUUAUCAACACUGCAAGUCAACAAGGAGAACAUUACUUUAAAUAAGGAAUAAAAAAAGAAAGGCUUUUUUUUUUCUUGGAUUUUUUCUUCCUUUUCUUGAUUGCAGUUUUCCUGUUCGAUGGUGGCAAGCAUUUAUUCUGGCCAAUCCCUGUCAAUUCUGGGAGGUUUAUAUAAAUACAGUUUCAAUGUUCUCUAUUUCAAUGUAUUUUAAUUCAUUUCGCGAUUCCUGUAAAUGCAAACCUGACAAAUUCUGUAAAUUGCUUAUAGUAUGUGUGAUAUAACUUCAAUGCAGAUAUACUAUGACCCUCAUGCAAGCUGACUUUUAUCAUUCUCUAUAUAAAUAUAUACAUAUGACUCUAUGUUGGGCCACCCACCAACCUUUUCUGAUAAAGCAUCUGUUUUUCAUUUAGAAUUCAUAUGCUGUGUCAAUUUCAUAAUGCAUUGCUUCAUGUCCAUAGGUUUGACAGCUGCAGAUGGUCUUGGUGGUCUUCUGCUUCCUCCUGGAAAAAUCCAUAUUCAAAAUCGUAUCAGUUUCUGAUAAAUGAAUUAGUUUUGUUGUGUGUAUGCUAUGUUGGAAUUUGCUCUGUUCCUUUACAUAUGGUAUUUAUUGAGGUUGGAGGGUCUCUUGACUCUGAAGAAUGUACACACUGGUUUUGACAGCUAUCUUUAUAUUAUUAUCAUUAAUCUUGUCCGAAAGGAAUGUUGCUUCCAGAACGCUUGUCUUGCAGGUAAAUGUGGGGAAGGUAAAGUAGUCACUAUGAUUCCCUGAGUUUAGGGGAGAACACUUCUUGCUACAGCUAAAAUGCUGCUUCCUUUGGCCUUUAUAAAUCUCCGUUGCUUUGUCAUUCUGUUAUUUGCUGCUAAUUAUAUCUUCAUGUCUCCUAAUUAAAAAUUAAAAUUUGGUUGCUAGCUAAAUGCAGUAUGCAAAAAAAUGACUGCAAAGCCCCCAACUAAAGAAAAUAAUGUGUAUAAUUUUCACUAGUUAAGUGGAUUAUAAUUUUAAUAUUCUAUUCUGAUCUUUGUCUUUAUGAUAAUUCAGACUAUCUUAUUUAGAACCUGUUUUCUACUCCGGCAAAGAAAGACAGACAGAGCUAUUAACGGGUUCCAUAUACACCAUGGGAUAGAUAUGUCUUGAAAGGAAAUGAUCUAAGUUUUCUUUCCAGAGAGAUUCUUCCAUUUUCUUUCAUUACCAAACCAGAAGAUCAUCUAUGUGGGGUCAUGAGCCCCCAACAUAAGGUCCUAACUGAAGCUUGAAGGCAAUGAAUACCUCUGCUUUUCAAAGGUAAAUGCCCUCAUUUUCUGCAAUUCAAUUAUAAGCAGUGUGCAUAGUCUCCUCCUAUUUUUGACAUUGUCUUCUGAGAAACAAUGUUUCUUCCUAAAUCUAUUAUUGCCAUUCUUCUUGUUCAUUUGGUUUAUUUUAGUCUAAUGAGAAAAAUAAAGGUUUGAUUGCGCUAUUUUAUUAACCUAGAAAUGUAUUUUCUUUCUAAGUUUAAUACUUAAAACUGAAUAAAACAAUGGUAAGAUAAACUCCAUUAAUUAAGCCUAGCUGGGCUUUAAAGAUUGCAUACGUUAAAGCAUAAAUUAGUAAACAGGUUCAAAUUAGUGAAGCCGGGAAAAUCCAACAUCUUAUGUGCUUGUGCCUGAAGUCCAGAAGGUGAGACCAGUCAGUUCUAAAGCAAGGCAGAUUUGUACCUGUACUCACCGUGUUUACUGUGCUUAUAAUAAACGGCAUAUGCUAGUUUGGGGAUAACUCUCCCAAGACUCAUUGAGUCAGUGUCCAAAAUAAUGAAGACCCAUUUCUCACUGCACUACCAAGACUCCAACUCUCUGGGCACUUGGAGAAAGAACAUGGUACACUAUUUGCUCCAAACUCAGAAAGUUAAUAUGGAACCUUAGUUAUUGGAAUAGAAACUAUAAGAAAUCAAAGAGACUUCCUAGUGGUUUUCACCUUCUAUUGUAUCCCUCUGGGACCAUAACUGUGUGUAACCAUGGCUACAGAAAUGAAUAAAGAUCGAAAAAUAAGUUAUUUGAUUUGCUCAACCUUGUCUCCAAGGUUAUGUAAUGUCUGUCUUAAGAGAAUGCAUUAGGAUGCUGAGAUCACUUACCCCAAUUCAAGGCGAAAUACAUUUGUUCUUUCUGAAGACUUGCAGAUUGCUUCCAAAUAAAACAAUGCAAAUGGAUAUACUUGAAGAUUUCAAUAAAAUAACAAAAAGUAUCUAGAGUAGAAACUCUUAAUCUAGGUUAGUAAAUAAGCUUGUUGGAGUUCAUGAACUCACUAAAAUUAAAUCUAUUUUUUGCAUAUGUAUUUUUUUAUGGAACUGGUCCUUCGUAUGCAUUGAUUCUGAACGUGAUUUGAUUACAGUUUGCUAGCCUAAAAAAGUCCUUAGAUGGCUUUGAGCACCUAAGAGGACCUGAUUUAUUAUAAUUUUGUACUAGUUUGCCUUAAAGUUUUUGGAAGCAAGACAUGUUUAGGAAAUAUAUUAGGACACACACAUACUGAGCAAAGAAAACAUAUUUCUAUGUUCACAAAAGUUUCCUUUAAUUUGUUAUAUGUUGCAUGGAAUACUAGAUAC